AUGUUGGUCCUUCGUUUUGCUACGCUCACUGGCCUUGCCACCGCUGCCAGUAUUCCUCGUCCAAGAGAUACGGCUGGCUGCGAAAAUCCCGUCAAGAGGUUGGAAUGGAGAGAAAUGUCAGCCGAAUCUCAGCAGAGCUACAUCAAUGCUGUGUGGUGUUUGAAGACUAAGCCUUCGAAGCUGGGUCUCAACUCGACUUGGUACGAUGAUUUUGCUUAUGUGCACCACAAGUACAAUCUGAUCAUUCACAAUGUGGCUGCUUUUCUGCCGUGGCACCGCUACUUUACUCAAGUCUACGAGAACGCGUUGCAUGAAUGCGGAUACAAUGGCGCUGCAACCUACUGGGACUGGACUAAGGAUGUCCAGAAGUUGGCUCAGUCUCCCAUUAUGUCCUCGACCCUGGGAAUCGGUGGGGACGGAAGCGAUUCGCGAACGGAGACGUUGAGGAGUGGUCAGACCAUCCGAUGCGUUGACGACGGCCCAUUCUCACAGUUGCGGCCGACGUACCUCGGCGUUAACCCUAGCGAAUAUACCUACGAGGAGCAUUGUCUUUUCAGGUCAUUGAUUGAUGGAGACACUCCUGACGCAAAAGUCGCUGCCACGGCCUAUAAUUCAACAUUCGUCAACCAGGUGCAGAGUAGUUCCUCAUUCGACACUUAUCACGGCUCUCUAGAAGGUGGUCCCCAUGGUAUAAUUCAUUCUUCUAUCGGUGGAGAAAUGAACCCGUCUACAUCUCCUAAUGAUCCUGUUUUCUUCUUACACCAUGCUCAAAUCGAUCGCCUCUGGUGGUUAUGGCAGCAGUCCGAUGUCGCAGCGAGACAGGCAGACUACACCGGACAAGCUGCUGUCCAGGGCAGCGAUACGAGAGUAGCAGCCUCCUUGGAUGACGCCCUGCUGAUGGGCGGACUUGCCGAGGAUGCCACCGUUAGAGAUUUGAUGACAACAACAAGUUCGCGUCUCUGCUACGAAUACUAG